AUGGGCUUCCUGUGGAGCUGGUGGACACUCUGGGCUGGAGCAACCCUUCUGUGGGGGUUGACCCAGGAGGCCUCAGUGGACCCCAGCAAUGCUGAAGGGGCGGAAUUCCUCACAGCCUUCCUGCAGAACUACCAGCCCGGGUAUGUCAAGGGCAAGCUCUACCUCCUCAUCACCAGUCUGUCGGACAGAUCUGCUUCAGUUACCGUCCUCAGCCAGGCAGAUGGCACCUCGCAGAAUGUACCAGUGAAGCCUGGGCAGUCGGUCAUGGUCAACAUCAGCACCAAGGCUGAGAUGAUCGGCAGCAAUAUCUUCCAGCACGCGGUAUUGGUCCGCUCGGAUCGCAACAUCUCUGUGCAGGCCAUAAACACUAAGCCCAACACAGAGGAUCUGACACUGCUGCGGCCUGUCAGCACCCUGGGAACAAAGUACUUUGUGUUCACACCCCCUAGUGCCUCGGCUAAGAAUGUCAAGGAGUUUGCUGUGGUGGCUGGUGCAAAGGGUGCCUCGAUCAGUGUGCAGCUGAAGGCGGCAGUGACAUUCCAGGGCAACUUCUACCCAGGGGGCAGUGUCCUAACUGUGACUCUCCAGCCCUACCAAGUGGCCCAGGUACAGAGCACGGCUGAUCUCUCAGGGUCAAAGGUCACAGCCAGUAGCCCUGUGGUUGUCCUCUCCGGCCACAGCUGUGCCCAGAAACACACAAGCUGCAACCAUGUGGUGGAGCAGCUGUUACCCACGUCUGCCUGGGGCACCCACUAUGUGGUGCCCCCUCUGGCCUCCCAGACCCGCUUCGAUGUGGUCUAUGCCAUGGCCGGCCAGCCCACGAAGCUGACCUACAACCACGGGAACAUCAUCGGCUCCAGGGGACUCCAGGAGGGGGACGUGAUUGAGUUUGAGGUCCGGCCAUCCUGGCCACUCUUCCUAUCUGCAGAUGCGGGCAUCCAAGUCCUGUUGUUUGGCACGGGUGGCACAAGGGACAAAGUGACCUAUGACCCCUACUUGGUCCUGAUCCCAGAUGUGGAAGCCUACUGUCCUGCCUAUGUGGUCAAUAGCUUCCCAGGCUCUAAGGGUGUGGCCAUAGUGGUGGCACAGACGAAGGCUGCUGACAAGCUGACCAUUGAUGGACACGGGCUGGGGACCAGGCUCACCUGGGUAACUGUUCCAGGCAGUGAGUUCUCGUAUGCCGAAGUGGACCUCAACAGUACUAACAUCAUCCACAUGACCAUGGCCAAUACCAGCUUCGGGCUGCUCACCUUUUGGCUGACCCAAUCUGGGGGCUACGGGACAGCAGCUGCCUGCGGCCAGACCCUAUUGUCUGCGGAGAAGCCCUCCUGCGAAGGUGUGCAGUGCCCUCCCUCGCAGAUCUGCCAGGUGGUGGAUGGGCACGCCAAGUGCAUGCCAGGCCCCGUGGCCGUCUGCCGAGCCCAGGGUGACCCCCAUUACACCACCUUCGAUGGCCGUCGCUACGACAUGAUGGGCACGUGCUCGUACAUGAUGGUGGAGCUGAACAGCGAGGACCAGGCACUGCCAGCCUUCAGCGUGGAGGCCAAGAACGAGCACCGUGGAAGCCGCAGGGUCUCCUAUGUGGGUUUCGUCACCGUGAACGCCUACAGCCACUCCGUGUCGCUGGCCCGCGGGGAAGUUGGUUUCGCCCGGAUUGACAACCAGCGCUCGCGCCUGCCUGCUUCCCUGGCUGAGGGUGGCCUUCGUGUGUACCAGAGUGGGAGGCGGGCCAUAGUGGAGCUGGACUUCGGGCUGGUCGUCUCCUACGACUGGGACUGCCAGCUGGCACUGAGCCUGCCCACACGCUUCCAAGGCCAGGUGUACGGACUGUGUGGCAACUACAACGGCAAUGCCACUGACGACUUCCUCACACCUGAUGGGGAGCAGGCUCCUAACGUUGUGGAGUUUGCCAGUAGCUGGAAGCUGGAUGAUGGGGACUUUUUGUGUGAGGAUGGCUGCCAAGACAACUGUCCCACCUGCACCCCAGGCCAGGCUCAGCACUACGAGGGCGACCGUCUCUGCGGCAUGCUGACCAAGCCUAAUGGCCCCUUUGCCGCCUGCCAUGAUACCCUGAGCCCCUGGCCCUUCCUGAAGGAGUGUGUAUACGACCUGUGUGUGCUCAAUGGGGACCGCUCCAGCCUGUGCCGUAGCCUCAGUGUCUAUGCCCAGGCCUGUCUGGAGCUUGGCAUCUCUAUCAAGGACUGGAGGUCACCAGCCAACUGCCCCCUGUCCUGCCCUGCCAACAGUCGCUACGAGCUCUGUGGCCCCGCCUGUCCCGCCUCCUGCAACCCCACUGCUGCUCCAGCCAACUGCUCCGGGCGCCCAUGCGUGGAGGGCUGCGCGUGCCUCCCGGGCUUCGUGGCCAGCGGCGGCGCGUGCGUGCCGGCCUCGUCCUGCGGCUGCAUCUACGAGGGCCGCCCGCUGGCUCCGGGCCAGCAGGUAUGGGCGGAUGAGCGGUGCAGGCGGCGCUGCACCUGCAACGGCGCCACGCAGGAGGUGAGCUGCAGCGACACGCAGGGCUGUCCAGCUGGAGAGCGCUGCCGCGUCCAGAACGGCCUCCUGGGCUGCUAUCCCGACCGCUUCGGGAGUUGCCAGGCGUCUGGGGACCCGCACUACGUGAGCUUCGAUGGCCGGCGCUUCGACUUCAUGGGCACCUGCACCUACCUGCUGGCCGGCUCGUGCGGCCAGAACGCGGCCCUGCCCUCCUUCCGGGUGCUGGUGGAAAAUGAGCAUCGGGGUAGCCAGACCGUUAGCUACACGCGUGCUGUGCGCCUGGAGGCCCGCGGCGUGAAGGUGGCGGUGCGCCGGGAGCAUCCCGGGCAAGUGCUGGUGGAUGGCAUCCUUCAGUACCUGCCCUUCCAGGCAGCAGAUGGGCAGGUCCAGGUGUUCCGCCAGGGCCAAGAUGUAGUCAUUCGCACAGACUUUGGCCUGACUAUCACCUAUGACUGGAAUGCCCGUGUGACUGCCAAGGUGCCUGGAAGCUAUGCCGGGGCCCUGUGUGGGCUCUGCGGGAACUUCAAUGGGAACCCAGAUGACGAUCUAGCUCUGCGGGGUGGGGGCCAAGCUGACAAUGCACUGGACUUUGGGAACAGCUGGCAGGAGGAGACAAGGCCAGGUUGUGAAGCAACCAAGCCAGGUGACUGUCCCAAGCUGGAUUCUCUGGUGGCCCAGCAACUGCAGAGCAAGAAGGAGUGUGGGAUCCUUGCUGACCCUAAAGGGCCCUUCCGGGAGUGCCACCGCAAGCUGGACCCACAGGGUGCUGUGCGUGACUGUGUCUACGACCUCUGCCUGCUACCAGGCCAGUCUGGGCCACUGUGUGACGCGUUAGCUGCCUAUGCUGCUGCAUGCCAGGCCACUGGGGCCACUGUGCACCCCUGGAGGAGUGAGACACUUUGCCCACUGAGCUGCCCGCCCCACAGUCACUACGAGUUGUGUUCCCGUGGCUGCCCACUGUCCUGUGGAGACCUUCCAGUGCCCGGGGGCUGUGGCUCUGACUGCCAUGAGGGCUGUGUGUGCGAUGAGGGCUUUGCGCUCAAUGGUGAGUCCUGCGUGCCCCUGUCCUCCUGCGGCUGCUUGUACCAGGGCAUCUAUCAUCCUCCGGGCCAGACCUUCUAUCCUGGACCGGGGUGCGAUUCCCUUUGCCACUGCCAGGAGGGUGGCCUGGUAUCCUGUAAGCCCUCCACCUGCGGCCCGCAUGAGGCCUGCCAGCCAUCUGGUGGCAUCUUGGGCUGCGUGGCUGUGGGCUCUGCCACCUGCCAGGCGUCAGGAGACCCUCAUUACACCACCUUCGACGGCCGCCGGUUUGAUUUCAUGGGCACCUGUGUGUACGUGCUGGCUCAGACCUGUGGGACCCGGCCUGGCCUGGACCAGUUUGCUGUCCUGCAGGAGAAUGUGGAGUGGAACAAUAAGAAAGUCAGUGUGACUCGGGUGGUCACUGUCCAGGUGGCUAACUUCACCCUGCGGCUGGAACAGAAACAGUGGAAGAUCAAGGUGAAUGGUGUGGACAUGAAGCUACCGGUGGUGCUGGCCCAGGGCCGGGUCCGUGCCUCCCAGCACGGCUCAGACAUUGUGAUCCAGACCGACUUUGGCCUGCGUGUGGCCUACGACCUCAUGUACAAUGUGCGGGUCACGGUUCCAGGCAACUACUACCAGCAGUUAUGUGGCUUGUGCGGGAACUACAAUGGCGACCCCAAGGAUGACUUCCAGAAGCCUGAUGGCUCGCAGGCAGGCAGCCCCAAUGAGUUUGGUAACUCCUGGGAGGAGGCCGUGCCUGGCUCUCCCUGCCUGCGGCCACCCACCUGCAAGCCCGGCGAAGACUGCAAUCCUCCAGAGUGUGGACCUGAGUUGCAGAAUAAGUACCAGCAAGAGCAGUUCUGUGGGCUCCUCACCAGCCCCACUGGGCCACUGGCCGCCUGCCACAAGCUGCUUGAUCCCCAGGGUCCCUUGCAUGACUGUGUCUUUGACCUCUGCGUGGGUGACGGAAGCCAAGACAUUCUCUGCAGUAACAUUCAUGCCUAUGUGAGUGCUUGCCAGGCGCUUGGAGGCUACGUCAAACCCUGGAGGAAUGAAUCUUUCUGUCCGAUGAAGUGCCCCCCCAACAGCCACUAUGAGCUCUGCGCAGACACCUGCUCCCUGAGCUGCUCAGCACUCAGUGCCGCCCCACAGUGCCCGGAUAACUGUGCGGAGGGCUGCCAGUGUGACCCUGGCUUCCUCAGUGACAGCCAAGCCUGCGUGCCCAUCCAGAAAUGUGGUUGCUACCACAAUGGUGUCUACUAUGAGCCAGAGCAGACGGUACUCAUCGACAGCUGCCGGCAGCAGUGUGUGUGCCACGCUGGGAAAGGCCUGGUGUGCCAGAACUACACCUGUGAGGCGGGGCACGUGUGCCAGUCUGUGGCAGGCAUCCUGAGCUGUGUCAAAGAACUGUGCCAUGGUGUGACGUGUCGGCCACAGGAGACGUGCCAGGAGAAGGGAGGCCAUGGUGUGUGCGUGCCCAACUAUGAGGCCACGUGCUGGCUGUGGGGUGACCCCCACUACCACUCCUUCGACGGCUGGGACUUUGACUUCCAGGGCACCUGUAACUACGUGCUGGCAACAACCAGCUGCCCAGGGGUCAACUCCCAGGGCCUGACACCCUUCACUAUCACCACCAAGAAUGAGAAUCGAGGCAACCCUGCUGUGUCCUAUGUGAGGCUUGUCACUGUGACUGCCCUCAACGUCAACAUCUCCAUCCACAAAGGCGAAGUUGGCAAAGUCCGGGUGAAUGGUGUGCUGACAGCGUUGCCUACCUCUGUGGCUGGUGGGCGGCUUUCAGUGACUCAGGGAGCAUCAAAAGCAAUCCUGGCAACCGACUUUGGGCUGCGGGUCAGCUAUGACUGGAACUGGCGAGUGGAGGUGACGCUGCCCAGUAGCUAUCAUGGUGCCGUGUGUGGGCUCUGUGGGAACAUGGACCGCAACCCCAACAAUGACCAAGCCUUCCCUAACCGCACACUGGCUCAUUCCAUACCCGUCUGGGGUGGAAGCUGGCGAGCCCCAGGCUGGGACCCACUGUGCUGGGAUGAGUGUCAGGGGUCCUGCCCAACAUGCCCUGAGGACCAGCUGGAGGAGUACCGGGGCCCUGGUUUCUGUGGACCCCUGGCCGCUGACGCAAAAGGCCCCUUUGCAGCCUGCCAUGCCCAUGUGGCACCUGAGAGCUUCUUCAAGGGCUGUGUUCUGGAUGUCUGCCUGGGCGGUGGGGCCCAUGACAUACUUUGCCAGGCGCUGGCUACCUAUGCUGCUGCCUGCCAGGCUGCUGGCAUUGUCAUCGAGGACUGGAGGACACAGGCCGGCUGUGAGAUCUCCUGCCCCAACAACAGCCACUACGAGCUCUGUGGCCCACCGUGCCCUGCCAGCUGCCCGUCCCCUGCGCCCCCCACGAUCCCAGCCCCAUGUGAGGGCCCCUGCGCUGAGGGCUGCCAGUGUGACGCGGGCUUUGUGUUGAGCGUAGACCGCUGUGUUCCUCUGGAUGGGGGCUGCGGCUGCUGGGCCAACAACACUUACCACGAGGCAGGCAGUGAGUUUUGGGCUGGUACCACCUGCUCCCAGAGGUGCCACUGCGGACCUGGGGGUGGCUCGCUGGUCUGCAAGCCUGCCAGGUGUGGGCUUGGUGAAGUGUGUGCCCUGCUGCCCUCAGGCCAGUAUGGCUGCCGUCCUGUUAGUACGGCUGAAUGUCAGGCCUGGGGCGACCCCCAUUACAUCACUCUGGACGGGCACCGAUUCGACUUCCAAGGUACCUGUGAGUACCUGUUGAGUGCACCCUGCCACGCACCACCCGCUGGUGUUGAGAACUUCACCGUCACUGUUGCCAACGAGCACAGGGGCAGCCAGGCCGUCAGCUACACCCGCAGCGUCACCCUGCACAUCUACAACCACAACCUGACCCUCAGCGCCCGCUGGCCCCGACAGCUGCAGGUGGACGGCAAGCUCGUGGCGCUGCCCUUCCAGCUGGACUCGCGCCUGCGCGCGCACCUGAGCGGCCCCGACGUGGUGGUGGCCGCGGCCACCGGGCUCUCCCUGGCUUUCGACGGGAACAGCAACGUGCGCCUGCGCGUGCCGGCGGCGUACGCGGGCGCCCUCUGCGGCCUGUGCGGGAACUACAACCGGAACCCCGCCGACGACCUGACGGCGGUGGGCGGAGACCCCGGGCGCUGGCAGGUGGGCGGUGCCGCGGGCUGCGGGGAGUGCGUGCCCGGGCCGUGCCCCGCGCCCUGCACGCCGGAGCAGCAGAAGCCCUUCAGCGGCCCGGACGCCUGCGGCGUGAUCUUGGCCCCGGACGGCCCGCUGGCGCCCUGCCAUGGCCUCUUGCCGCCCGCGCAGUACUUCCAGGCCUGCUUGCUGGACGCCUGCCAGGCCCAGGGCCAUCCCGGAGGCCUCUGCCCGGCCGUGGCCGCCUACGUGGCAGCUUGCCAGGCCGCUGGGGCCCAGCUCGGCGAUUGGAGGCGGCCGGACUUCUGCCCCUUCCAGUGCCCUGCCCACAGCCACUACGAGCUCUGUGGUGACUCCUGUCCUGUGAGCUGCCCCAGCCUCUCGGCGCCAGAAGGCUGUGAGUCAACCUGCCGGGAGGGCUGCGUCUGCGAUGCCGGCUUUGUGCUCAGUGGCAACACCUGCGUGCCUGUGGGCCAGUGUGGCUGCCUCCACGAGGGCCGCUACUACCCCCUGGGCGAGGCCUUCUACCCAGGCCCUGAGUGCGAGCGGCGCUGUGAGUGUGGGCCGGGCGGCCAAGUCAGCUGCCAGGAGGGCGCAGCCUGCCAGCCCUAUGAGGAGUGCCAAAUAAAGGACGGUGUCCAGGCCUGUCACCCUAAAGGCUGUGGCCAUUGUGUGGUCAGUGGGGGCAUCCACUACAUUACUCUUGAUGGACGUGUCUAUGAUCUGCAUGGCUCCUGCUCCUAUGUCUUGGCCCGAGUCUGCCACCCACAGCCUGGGGAUGAGGACUUUGCCAUUGUGCUUGAAAAGAAUGCGGCUGGAGAUCCCCAGCGCCUGGUGGUUACUGUGGCUGGCCAGGUUGUGGGCCUGGCUCACGGCCUGCAGGUCACUGUGGAUGGCGAGGCUGUAGCCCUGCCUGCGGCUGUGGGCCAUGUACAGGUGACUGCUGAGGGCCGCAACAUGGUUCUACAGACAGCCAAGGGGCUGCGGCUUCUCUUUGAUGGUGAUGCCUACAUCCUCAUAUCCAUCCCCGGCCCCUUCCAUGGCCGAAUCUGUGGCCUCUGUGGAAACUUCAAUGGCAACUGGAGUGACGACUUUGUUCUGCCCAGUGGCACUGUGGCCCCCAGUGUGGAUGCCUUUGGAGCUGCAUGGCGGGCACCCGGCUCCUCCCAAGGAUGUGGCGAAGGAUUUGGGCCCCAGGGCUGGCCUGUGUGCUCAGCAGAGGAGACAGCGCCAUAUGAAAGCAUCAAGGCCUGCGGGCAGCUCCGGGACCCCAAGGGCCCCUUCGCAGCCUGCCACCCGGUGCUGAGCCCCUCUGAGUACUUCCGCCAGUGCGUCUUUGACCUGUGCGCCCAUAAGGGCAACAGCUCCUUCCUCUGCCGUAGCCUGGCUGCCUACACAGCGGCCUGCCAGGCAGCCAACAAGGCCGUGAAGCCCUGGAGGACAGACAGCUUCUGCCCACUCAAGUGCCCUGCCCACAGCCACUACUCCAUCUGUACACAUUCCUGCCAGGGCUCCUGUGCAGCCCUCUCGGGCCUCACGGGCUGCACUUCCCACUGCUUUGAGGGCUGUGAGUGUGACGAUCGCUACCUGCUCUCCCAGGGCAUCUGCGUCCCUGUCCAGCACUGUGGCUGCACCCAUGACGGCCGAUACUUGCCCGUGAACUCCUCCCUGCUGAGCCCAGACUGCAGUGAGCGCUGUUCCUGUUCCUCAAGCACUGGCCUGACAUGCCAGGCAACUGGCUGCCCUCUGGGUCGCGUAUGCGAGGUCGAAGCUGGGUCCCGGGACUGCUGGGUCCCCCCUGGUCUCUGUUCCCUCUUUAUGGGCACCAAUCUCACCACCUUUGAUGGAGCCCACAGUACUGUCAGAAUCCCUGGCAUCUACGAGCUCUCUUCCCGCUGCCCAGGAAUACAGAAGACCAUCCCCUGGUUCCGUGUGCUCGCUGAUGUGCACUCUUGCCAUGACAAAGUUGAAGCUGUGGGUCAGGUUCACAUCUUCUUCCAGGAUGGGCUGGUGACUGUGACCCCAAACAAGGGCGUGUGGGUGAAUGGUCUCCGAGUCCGAGUAGAUCUCCCAGCUGAAGUGUUAACAUCUGUGUCUGUGAAUCGGAAUCCGGAUGGCUCCAUGCUAGUCCAGCAGAAGGCAGGGGUCCGGGUACAGCUGGGCACCAAUGGGCAGCUGACUGUGAUGGUCAGCCGUGACCAUGCUGGGAUGCUGUGUGGUGCCUGUGGAAACUUUGACGGGGACCAGACCAAUGAUGGGCAUAACUCCCAGGGAAAUACAACAGUGGAGCACUGGAGAGCACCGGACUUCUCCCCAUGUCGUGACUGACCAGUUAUCCACUGGAAAUGAGGACUUCAGGACCUGAUCCCUCUGGAGGCUGCAAUAAUUCAAGGAUGCACUGUAUCACUGUGUAUUCCCUCUCUGCUGAGCCACUGAGGCUGAUUGUGAGAGCAUUGAAUAAAUAUCUUAAGCUAA